GCUGGCUACCGUCAUGGAAGAAGCCGCAGCGCCUCAGGUUGACAUCGACCCGGAUUUCGAGCCGCAGAGCCGGCCCAGAUCGUGCACCUGGCCGCUCCCUCGACCAGACUUCCCAGGAGCCGAGGGCAAAGCAGAGGAAAACGCCCCGAGUAACGAGGCAGCAACGGCGACGGCGGCAGUUACCAACAUCAAGGCAGAUGCGAGGGCUGUGCCGGCGAUCCAGUCCGUGCUGGGCGUCAGUGAGAUCAGUCACCACCGAAAGAAAUCGUCCCGGAGAAAUGCGUGGGGCAAUCUGUCAUACGCCGACCUGAUCACCAAAGCCAUCGAGAGCUCUCCUGACAAGAGGCUGACGCUGUCACAGAUUUACGAGUGGAUGGUUCUCCAUAUCCCCUAUUUCAAAGAUAAAGGCGACAGCAACAGCUCGGCAGGCUGGAAGAACUCCAUCCGGCACAACCUGUCGCUGCACAGCCGAUUCAUCCGCGUGCAGAACGAAGGGACGGGCAAGAGCUCGUGGUGGAUGCUGAACCCCGACGGGGGCAAGACCGGGAAGUCUCCCCGGAGACGGGCGGUCUCCAUGGACAACAACAGCAAGUUCCUGAAGAGCAAGAGAGGGGCAAGCAAGAAGAAAGCCUCCCUCCAGACAACCCAGGAAGGUAAUGAAGACAGUCCUUCUUCGCAGCACACAAAAUGGUCUGGGAGCCCCAGCUCGCAUGCCAGCGAUGAAUUCGACGUGUGGACCGACUUCAGGUCCCGCACGAACUCAGCGGCGAGCACCCUGAGUGGCCGCCUAUCGCCCAUCAUGGCCAAUUCUGAAUUAGACGAGCUGGAGGACGACGACGAGAACCCGUCCUCCCCGUUACUCUACCCCAGCCCCUCCAGCACCCUGUCGCCGUCCGUCGGCUCGCGUUGCUCCGUGGAGCUCCCGCGGCUGGCUGACAUGGCCGGCACCAUCAACCUGAACGAGGCGCUGGCGGAGAACCUCCUCGAGGAGCUGCAGGACGGCUACACCCUGAGCCCGACGCAGCACAUUCCUUCCUCGUGUCUCCGGCAGCGGAGCUCCAGCUUCUCCUAUGGAUCCAAGUGCUCGACCCUCGGGGGCCAGGCUGGUACCUACAGUGCCACCAUGUACAGCCAGCCGCCCGUCACCAUACUGAGGCACUCGCCCAUGCAGACUAUCCAGGAGAACAAGCAGGUCACCUUCUCGACCACCAACCACUAUGGCAACCGCAUGCUGCAAGACCUUUUAACGCCCGAGUCACUGCGGCACAAGGAGGUGCUGAUGACCCAGUCAGAUCCCCUGAUGCCCCAGGCCAGUGCAGCGGCGACGUCUCAGAGCCAGAGACAAAUGGUGCUGUGCAGUGACCCGGCGUUGUCGCCGUUCAACGCGCAGUCGCCCAGGUUAGUGAACGGCGACCCGUUCCACCACCCGUCACCUGCGCAACAGACCCCCGCUGUCAGUAACGGUGCCUUAUCCAAUGCCGCCAGCCUUAUGCACAUGCACUCUGACGCUGGUAACAUCAGCUCCGUCUCGCACCACCUCCAAAGCCAGCUCCACUCCCUUGCCAGUCACGGGAUGCAAAUGGAGGCAGCGGACACGAGGCUGGCGCCCUGCCAGGGAGGAGCUCACCCAGCUGCCACGGGUCAGGAUAAGUUCCCCACCGACCUUGACCUGGACAUGUUCCACGGCAGCUUGGAGUGCGACGUGGAAUCCAUCAUUCUCAACGAAUUCAUGGACAACGAAGAGCUCGACUUCAACUUUGAUUGUGCCAUGCCGCCCCAAAGCAUUGGCAUCAACAUGGCCAGCCUCCCUACGGCACCACAGACCACGAAUCAGAGCUGGGUGCCAGGGUGAAGCACUGCUGCAGUGUUUAGUGUUGUGUGAUGAAAACUGUUUCCACUAAAACCUCCAAGACAGACCAGAUUAACAGGCGGUUUCUUGUGUGACAGGUCCUCGAAAACAAAAAAGCAAUUCCUCUUGUGGGGAAUUCUCUUAGUAACAUGUUAGGGAAAAGGAGCAAUGAUGUCUCCUUCAGCAAUGGAUGGGAAAUGAUGCUCACUCUUAGAAACAGGGCAUCAAGUCUCCCUGAAGCUCUCAGCACAAGUGAUUUAGUUAGUGUGGUUCUGAAGUUCAAAGUUCAAAGCGCCGUAGCGUUGUGGUUAGCACCCCGUUUUAACAGUACAGGCGGCCCGGGUUCGAUUCCCGCCAUGGCCUGUAAGGAGUGUGUGCAUUCUCCCCUGUGACCGCGUGGGUUUCCUUCCGGGUACUCUGGUGUCUUCCCACAGUCUAAAGGCGUACUGUUUGGUAGGUUAAUCGGUCAUUUUAAAUUGUCCCGUGAUUAGGCGAGGAUUAAAUUGGGGGAUUACUGGGCGGGGCAGCUCUAAGAGUGGAAGGGCCACUCCACUCUGUAUCUCAAUUUUAAAGAAUGAUUAUCAAAGUACAUACAUAUCACCAUAUACAACCCUGAUAUUCAAUUUCUUGCAGACAUACUCAAUAAAUCCACAAUAGAAUAAUAAGCAUAAUAGAAUCAAUCAAAAGUCCAAACCAACUUGGACGUUCAGCCGGAGCACAUGGACAAUCUAAAGUAAAUGCAGCUCAUGGAAAUAGUCCCUGAAAUUAAGGCCUUAACCCAGAUCAAAGCACACAAAACGCUGGAGGAACUCAGCAGGCCAGGCAACAUCUAUGGAAAUGAAUAAACAGUCGAUGUUUUGGGCCAAGACCCUCCUACAGGACUGAGAAGGAAGGGGUAGGAAGCCAGAAUAAAAAGGUGGGGGGAAGGGAAGGUGAUAGUUGAAAACUCUUGAGCCAAGAUGAGGCCACACUCAGGAUGAAGGAGCAACACCUUAUAUUCUGUCUGUGUAGACUCCAACCUAAUGGCAUGGACAUCGAUUUCACCUUCUGGUAAAAAAUGAUUUUCCUCCUUUUUCCCUCUUCUUCUAUUCCCCACUCUGUCCUGUUACCUCUUCUCAUCUGCCUAUCACCUCCCCCUGGGUCCUCCCCUCCUUCCUUUUCUCCGACGAUCCACUCUCCUCUCCUAUCAAAUUCCUUCCUCUCCAGCCCUUUACCUUUCCUACCGACCGAGCUUCACCUUCUACCUAGCCUCCUUCCCCCCCCCCCCCCCACACACACAUUCUGGUGUCUUCCCCCUUCCUUUCCAGUACUGAAGAAGGGUCUCGGCCUGAAAUGUGGACUGGUUAUUGGUUUCCAUAAAUGCUGCCCGACCUGCUGAGUUCCUCCAGCAUUCUGUGUGAGUCGCUCUGGAUUUCCAGCAUCUGCAGACGUUCUCGUGUUUAUGCCUUAAUCUAAUGUCUCCAGAGAGAAAAAAAAAAUAUGUCAUGACUUCACAGCUCUAUAUCUGGAGAAGUCUCUGAGAACAUAAUCCUCAACUUUCUAAAUAAGAGCUGAGUUGGUGUGAUGUAGAGGGAGCUAGGUUUCUGCCUCUUCAUCCUGUUUCAGAAAUUAAGUCUGCUCACUCUUAAAAGAUUACACUGGACAACAAUUUUUUUUUCAGAAAUGUUGCUUCCUCAGAAUUUUUUUUUUGGUUAUGAUAGACCACUUGAAGCUGAAUGCAAAUAUAAUUUCAGACUACUUGUAUCACAAAGGAGUUUGGAGAGACAAGAAAUUAACUUUUGUUGAAGAUAAUGCAUUUAAUUGCAUUAUGGUGCUGACACUUUGCAACAAUUCAAAGCUAAAGAUGUUUUGUUGAUGGUUUUCAUUUGUACUCAGUGGCUGAGGCUUCUCGUUUAAGUGUCCAUCAAUAAUCAGCCAGCAUUGAUGGAUUCCAGUUGUCCUGAUACUGUUUCUCCAUGACUGCAAUGUCCUGGUGAAACCUUUCACCGUGCUCGUCACUGACAUGAAUUAUGAACUGAAGUAAAAAAUAUAUAGGCGAUUCCAAACAAAAUGGUGCGUGAUAGGGAAAUUUCAUGGUGAUUUUCAUGAUCAGCAGCCCAAAAUCUGUCAGCUACACCCAAAAGUAUUCAGGAAGCAAAAUCUUUGUUGUCCAGUGUUAUCAGAAUUCACAUGACGGACUAGUUUUCUACUGCCCCCACCAUGACUGAAGCUCUCUCUAUUGUAUAUCAGAACCUUACCAAUUCCUUCUGUCCUUUUGUACAGUUAGUACUCAAAAACCGUCACAAUACACUCAGGAGCCACUUUAUUAGGUGCGCGAGUGGAACUCAGUGAGGUCUUCUGUUGCCGUAGCCCCUCCAGUUCAAGGUUCAAAGUGCUGUGCAUUCAGAGAUGCUCUUCGAGUUUCUGUCACCUUCUUGUCAGCUUGAACCCGUCUGGCCAUUCUCCUCUGACCUCUCUCAUUAGCAAGGUAUUUUUGCCCACAGUUUUGAGAUGAAACAUAGAAACAUCGAAAACCUACAGCACAAUACAGGCCCUUCGGCCCACAGUGCUGUGUUGAACAUGUACUUACUUUAGAAAUUACCUAGGGUUACCCAUAGCCCUCUGUUUUUCUAAGCUCCAUGUACCUAUCCAGGAGUCUCUUAAAAGACCCUAUUGUAUCUGCCUCCACCACUGUUGCCAGCGGCCCAUUCCACGCACUCACCACUUUCUAAGUAAAAAGACUUACCCUUGACAUCCCCACUGUACCUACUUCCAAGCACCUUAAAACAUGUUAGCCAUUUCAGCCCUGGGAAAAAGCCUCUGACUACCAACAUGAUCAAUGCCCCUCAUCAUCUUGUACACCUCUAUCAGUUCACCUCUCAUCCUCCGUCGUUCCAAGGAGAAAAAGCUGAGUUCACUCAACCUGUCAUCGUAAGGCAUGCUCCCCAAUCCAGGCAACAUCCUUGUGAAACAGUGUGCAAAUUGGACCAGCCAUAUGCACUCAGUGGCUACUUUUUAAUCAGGUACCUAAUAAAGCGGCCAUUGAGAAGUCCAUAUGCUUGUGGUCUUGCACUAAUAUAGUCUGUUUACUUCACGGUUUGACGUGUUGUGUGUUCAGAGAAGCUCUUCUACACACCACAGUUCUAACGUAUGGUUAUUUGAGUUUCUGUCGCCUUCCUGUUAGCUUGAACCAGUCUGACCAUUUUUCUCUUACUUCUGUCAUCAACAGGGCAUUUUCCCCCACAGAACUGGCCCUUUCUGGGUGUCUUUUUUUUUGCUUUUUGCACCAUUCUCUGUAAACUCUAGAGACUGUUGUCCAUGAAAAUCCCAGGAGGUGAACCGUUUCUGAGAUCCUCUAACCACCCCGUCCGGCACCAACAAUCAUUCCACGGUCAAUGACACUUAGAUCACAUUUCUUCCCCAUUUUAGUAUUUAGUCUGAACAGCAACUGAACCUCUUGACCAUGUCUGCAUGCUUUUAUGCAUUGAGUUGAUGCCACAUGAUUGGCUGAUUCGAUAGUCAUAGAGUUAUAGAAACAGGCUAUUCGGCCCAUCUAGUCCAUGCUGAACCAUUUAAUCUGCCAAGUCCCAUCGACCCACACCCGGACUGUAGCCCUCCACACCCCUCCCAGUGAUGAACCUAUCUAAACUUCUCUUAAACGUUGAAAUCAAAAUCACAUCCACCACUUAUUCUGGCAGCUCGUUCCACACUCUCACCACCAUCUGAGUGAAAAAAAUUUCCCCCCAUGUUCCCUUUAAACAUUUCACCUUCCACCUUUAACCUAUGACCUCAGUGGAAAAUACCUGCUUGCAUUGCCCCUGUCUCUCCCCCUCAUGACUCUGAAUACCUACAUCAAUCUUCUACAUUCUCAGGAAUAAAUUCCUAACCUAUUCAAUCUUUCCUGAUAACUCAGGCCCCCCAGUCCUCUAAAUAUUUGCAUUAACCAGCAGGAGUACAUGUACACGGCAGAAUAAUGUAGUGGUUAGCACAAUGCUUCACAGUGCAGGCAACCUGGGUUCAAUUCCUGCCACUGCCUGUAAUUCUCCCCGUGACCGCAUGGGUUUCCACCAGAUGCUCUGGUUUCCUCCCACUGUCCAAAGGCAUGCCAGUUGAUAGAUUAAUUGUCAUCUGAUUAGCCUAGCAUUAAUUAAGGGGAUUGCUGGAUUGAGGGGACAGAAAGGGCCUAUUCUAUGCUGCAUCUCAAUAAAACAAGUAUAAAAUAAGGUGGCCUCUGAGUGUAUAUAUUGACUUUCAACAUAAGGGGAAAUUAAAUUUGUCAAAUUGGAAAUCGGUGCAUUCUUUUCUAAUGAUAAAUAUUAAUUUAUCCAAUCACCAAAUGCUGCAAGUCCUACCAAGAAACCAGAAGUUAGUUUGGUCUGUGUUCAGAAUAGUUUCUUGCUCAGUUUUGCAUUUUUCAACCACAGUUGCAUUAAAGUCACCAAAGCUUAAUUUUAUUUUUAAUGGACAACACGCACACAAAAUGCUGGAGGAACUCAGCAGGCCAGGCAGUAUCAAUGGAAAGGAAUAAACUGGUGACGUUUUGAGCCGAGACCCUUCACCAGGACUGGAAAGGAAGAGGGGAAGAAGCCAGAAUAAGAAAGUGGGAAGAGGGGAAGGAGGACAAUUUGGCAGGAGAUCGGUGAGGCCAGGUGAGGGGGAAGGUUUAGAUCUAUGAUUUUUCAUGAGAAUUCAUUUCAAAGUUCAAAGUACAUUUAUUAUCAAAGUAUGCAUACGUUAUGCAACUUUGAGAUUUAUCUCCUCACAGGCAGCAAUGAAACAAAGAAACCCAACAAAUAAAAGAAGGCCCCCAAACAUCCAAUGUGCAGAGAAACAAUUGUGCAAACAGCAUUCAGAGCUGAAGUUCAUAACAUCGAGCAUCAUGGCAGCUGAUUCCAAAAUCCACAGCAGCCAAUUCGGAAGGACUCAGUCCAGCACGGAGAUGAGCAAAGCCCGCGGAGGAGUGAGAUGAACCAGCCCCUCUCUCACCUCCGACCCCAACCAAUUCAAUCUAGCCUGUCGCUUAAAUUGUCCAAAACUCACCCUCCGGGCCAGGCUCCAUGGACUCGAUAAGGCCAGUACCUUUCCAGCUUGGCUGUGCUCUCAAAUCGAUCAAACCUCGGUCCAAAUCACAAUCAGAAUCAGAUUUACUAUCACUGGCACGUGACAUAAAACUCAUUGUUCUGGGCAACAGUGCAGUGCAAAGACAUAAAAAUAUUCAACUUACAAAAAAAAAUGCAAAAUAAAAAUAAGGAGGUUAAUAACUAAUUGCAGAGGGUAGGAAGUUGUUUCUGAAUCAGAGAGUUUGGGUCUUCAGGCUCCUGUACCUCCUCCAGCACUUGUGUGUGUUGGUCUGGAUUUCCAACAUCUGCAGACUCUCUUGUGAUUAUUUUUUAAUAACUUUGUUUAUAACAACUGAAGGCAUUUUAAUACACACAUGUAUUACUGGGGUCUAGAUCAAGCAAUGGUGAAAUGUGAUAAGUGAAAGGAUGUUGGGCGAGAAGGAAUUUUCUUUGACUGCAGACCGAUAAAUGGUUGGAAUUUGAGAAUGCGAAUCUCUUCGGAAGAUAUUGACCGAAACGAUCCUCUUCAUUCGGUGGCCUACCACUGCUGCUUGACCACCCUUAAUAUAACUUUGUAAUGUUGUUUUCUUUCAUAGACAGGGAGUUUUAAAAUGCUUCAUAUUCUUACUGCUUUUGCAUUUAUCAUUAUUGUACGCUGUUUUGGUUAAAAAGAAAUGUAUUUAUUUUAUUGAGGGAAAUGACGAGCUUGGUAACGUAGGUAUUCAGAGGUGAAACUACAGCCUGGAACUUUAAUUUAUGUAGUGAUUGGGGCAUUACUUUGUGAGAAUUUCUCUUGGGAUUUUGACACUGGCUGGCAUGUUCUGUGAUAGAGAAUGGAGUCAGGGGACAACGUGCAAACAUACUUUGCCUGUCGUCAACUGCCCAAAUAUCUGAAACUUUCUCUGGAAAGUGCCAUAAGUGAUAGUUAUAUAAGUUGUGUAUGUAAUAUUAACUUUUUAAUGUAAAGUGUAUGGAGAAUUAAAAUUGGAGAAGCCCAUUCUUAAGUGUACAUACAGGUACUGUACUGUAACUUCACCAUGUAUUCUUUGAACGUUGAUGUGAUUAAGAUUAUAAUUUCUUUUUAUUUUUCAAAUACAAAAUGAUAUUGUAUGACAAAGGAGUCCCUGA